UUUUUUUUGAAAAGUUUUUUAGAUAAUCUUUCACUCUGCGAUAUGACUGAAGAAGAAGCUAGCAUAAUAGACAAAAAUAUAGCUAAAAAGGUAUCAAAAUAUGUAAGACCAGCUGAAAGGAAGAUAAGUUCUAGGCAACUCAAGAAAAUAAAAAACAAAAAGUUAAAAGGAACGCUCGAUCGGAUAGAGAAAGUUUCCAAUGAAGCCGCCAUUAAAGCAGCAAGAUCUGAAAUUUUACUUACCGAAGAGCCUGGAUAUCUUGAAGCUGAAGGUAUUGAAAAAACAUUUAACAUAACACAGAAACAAUUGAGUGAAAAUGUGGAUGAAGAUUCUACGAAAAAGAUUUUCGAUUUAAAAUUGCCAACAUUUGGACCAUAUUCUUUGGAUUACACACGAAAUGGAAGACACUUAGUUAUUGGAGGUCGAAAGGGUCACGUAAUGAGUAUCGAUUGGAUGGAAAAUAAGAUAAAAAGUGAAAUUCAUCUAAAAGAAACUGUGCGAGAUGUCAAAUGGCUACAUAAUGAACUCUUUUAUGCUGUAGCUCAAAAAAAGUAUGUGUUCAUAUACGAUCACAAUGGGUUAGAAGUACAUCGACUAAAAAAACAUAUUGAAGUCAAUAAGCUUGAUUUCUUACCAUAUCAUUUUCUGCUAGUUUCUGUGGGAAGCGCGGGAUGGCUUAAAUAUCAAGAUACUUCAACUGGAAAGCUAGUGGCAGAAUUAAGAACUAAAUUAGGUGGUUGUGAUGCAAUUGCUCAGAAUCCAUGGAAUGCUAUAAUGCAUUUAGGACAUUAUAAUGGCACAGUUACAUUAUGGUCACCUAAUAUGUCAACUCCUUUAGUAAAAAUGCUUACGCAUAAAGGUCCAGUAAAAGCUGUUGCCGUUGAUCAUACUGGAAAGUAUAUGGCUACAUCAGGAUUGGAUGGACAACUUAAAUUAUGGGACAUAAGAACAUACAAACCAUUACAACAAUAUUACACAAGAACUCCCGCUUCAUCACUAUCAAUAUCGCAAUUAGGUCUUUUAGGUGUCGGCUGGGGUCCGCACGUUACAAUCUGGAAAGAUGCUUUUCUUACAAAACAACAAUCACCUUAUAUGAAUCACCUUCAAGUGGGAUCACAAAUACAGGAUAUACAUUUUUGUCCAUUUGAUGAUGUACUAGGAUUGGGACAUUCUUAUGGAAUAUCUAGUAUAAUAAUUCCUGGUUCUGGAGAACCAAAUCUUGACAGUUUGGAAGCAAAUCCUUAUCAAUCUAAGAAACAAAGACAAGAGGCGGAAGUGCACAGUCUUCUUGACAAGAUUCAACCAGAAAUGAUAUCAUUGGAUUCAACGUUCAUAGGAAAAGUCGAUGGAGCUUCCAAAGACUUAUUAGAUAUGGAGCGUAACGAAGAGCAGAAAGCACAACGUGCCAAUGAAGAGAAAUGGGUACCUAAAAAUAAAGCUCGUGGUAAAAAUUCAUCAUUGAAAAGAUAUCUUCGUAAAAAACAAAAGAAUGUUAUAGAUGAACGAAAGUUGAAGAUUCAAAAACGUAUUAAACAAGAAAAGGAAGCACGUAGAAAACGAAUUAUGGGUAAUGAAGAUGAUAAAGAUCGACCGAAAGCAUUAGAAAGAUUUUCUAAUAAAGAAUUAUAAUAAUAUAUAUUUAUAUAAUUUUGGAGUUCUAUAAUUUAUUAGGAACUAGUUCGUUGUAGAGUGUACAGUACAUAUAUACUUAUUAAUGACUUCAUAUAAAAGUAUAAUUAAUAUAAGCACCAUAGAAGCAAAAUCAAAUAAUUAAUUAAUUAAUGUGAAUGAAGGCUACAUUAAUAACAAAAGGUUACGUUUGGAAAAAUUUUUUGAUUUAACAAGAGUAAUUUAAUCGAAUCGAAAAUCAAGCAAAACUUCCAAUUAUUACCAUAAAUCUUUCAUGUUACAUUUAAAGUCAAAAAUAAUAUGAAAUAGUCUCCCAUCGGCAGCAAAAUUUUUUCAACGAUAAAUUGUUGUCAUUAUCUUCUCUACGUAAUUAUCCGCUUUCGGGAAAAUUCUUAUAAAUUACGUUUUAGCCUCUUAGGAAAAAUUGUAGGUACUCCAAUUAACAAUCUACUUACUAUAAAUUUUUCAUUCAAAUAAUA